AUAUACAACAUAGAGAUCUCGGAGUAUGUUAAUGAUCAAUGGCAAGCAUUCAAUGGAGAUGAUAUUCAACUGGAAAUAAUUAUGCUUGACCCGUACAUUCGAAAGAAUCUUACAGCACUACCAAUAUUAGAAGGACAUCACGCUCGUAAAUACGAGUCGCUUAUUCAACUACCAGAUGUAUAUGGAGUAUUUACGUUUAAAGUGAACUAUAAGAGACCCGGUUAUACAUAUAUAGUUGAUACUAGUACAGUGGCUAUUAGACCUUUUAAACAUAAUGAAUACCCAAGAUUUAUAUCUGCAGCAUAUCCAUAUUAUACCGGAGCAGCUUCUAUGGGG